CCUGGGCAGCCUGAGCCCAGGGCUCCCUCCCGCCCCUCCGGCGCCGAGCGCAAGGGGGCGCAGGUGCGGCAAGGCCCCGCCCAGAGCUGGCAGCCAGAGCCAAUGGGAGGCGUGGGCAGAGCGGCCCCGCCCCCAAGGGCGCUGUGGGCUCCGGCCCCAGGGGCGUGAGCGCCAUUUUGGCUGGUGCUGGGCAGCGUCGUGGGAGCGCUGGAGCAGAGGCUGUGGUGUGCGCGGGCAGCGCUGCGCUUUCAGCCUAUUUCAUCUUUACUGAAGGGUGUGGAAGGCUUAAGGAGACCCAGAAAGUCCUUGAAGUCUCUACAGAAGGAGUUGGAAGAGUUGCAGAAAGGUUUUAACAACUUCUGGUAAGAGGAGUGACCUCGUGCUCCACUAACAUGGCCUCAGAGAAGGACCUAGACAAGAGCUGGGAGGAGAAGCAGUGCCCAGAGAGUAAGAUGGAGCAGACCAAGUGCAGCCUGAAGAAUGAGGAGAAAGAUCUCAAGGCAGAGAAUGACAAUGAGGGGAAUGAUGACUGUGGUGAUGUUGAGUAUGAGGAUGAUGUUCAGGGUGAAGAUGACCAUGAUGAGGAGGAGGAAUAUGAAGAAGAGAUUGAGUUGCUCUCAGCCCCCUCUAUGCCAGUCAAGCAGCUUCCUCAGUGUCCUGAGUGUGGGCAGAGCUUCAAAAGGCACUACAGGUUGAUUGAACACCGCCGAAUCCACACGGGCGAGAAGCCCUUCAGCUGUGCUGACUGUGACAAGAGAUUCAUGAGGCGCUCAAACCUCAUUGUCCACCGCCGCAUCCACACGGGCGAGAAGCCCUUCAGCUGUGCUGACUGUGACAAGAGAUUCACACAGCUCUCACACCUCAUUGCCCACCGCCGUAUCCACACGGGCGAGAAGCCCUUCAGCUGUGCUGACUGUGAGAAGAGAUUCAUGAGGCGCUCAAACCUCAUUGCCCACCGCCGAACCCACACGGGCGAGAAGCCCUUCAGCUGUGCUGACUGUGAGAAGAGAUUCAUAAGGCGCUCAAACCUCAUUGCCCACCGCCGAACCCACACGGGUGAGAAGCCCUUCAGCUGUGCUGACUGUGACAAGAGAUUCACAGGGCGCUCAACCCUCAUUGCCCACCGCCGAACCCACACGGGCGAGAAGCCCUUCAUCUGUGCUGACUGUGACAUGAGAUUCACACAGCUCUCAAACCUCAUUGACCACCGCCGAACCCACACGGGCGAGAAGCCCUUCAGCUGUGCUGACUGCAGCAAGAGUUUCACUCACAAAUCAGAGUUGAUUGAACACCGCCGAAGCCACACGGGCGAGAAGCCCUUCAGCUGUGCUGACUGUGACAGGAGAUUCACAGAGCGCUCCAGUCGCAUUGUCCACCGCCGAACCCACACGGGCGAGAAACCCUUCAGCUGUGCUGACUGUGACAAGAGAUUCAUGAGGCGCUCAAACCUCCUUGUCCACCGCCGAACCCACACGGGCGAGAAGCCCUUCAGCUGUGCUGACUGUGACAGGAGAUUCAUGAGGCGCUCAAACCUCAUUGCCCACCGCCUAACCCACACGGGCGAGAAGCCCUUCAUCUGUGCUGACUGUGACAUGAGAUUCACACAGCUCUCAAACCUCAUUGUCCACCGCCGAACCCACACGGGCGAGAAGCCCUUCAGCUGUGCUGACUGCAACAAGAGUUUCACUCACAAGUCUGAUCUCACCCAGCACGGCAGUGUGCACACCACUGAGAAGUCCUUCAGCUGUGGGGACUGUGGAAAGACCUUCAAACGCAGCUCCACUCUCACCAUCCACCGCCGCAUGCACACCAGAGAGCACCUGUACCCCUGUGCAGAGUGCAGCAAGAGCUUCACCACGAGCUCACAGUUGAUCCAGCACAGACUCAUCCACAGUGGUGAGAAACCCUACAGCUGCAGGGACUGUGGCAAGACCUUCACCCGGAGCUAUCACCUCACCCAGCACCGUGGUGUCCACAGUGGUGAGAAGCCCUUCACCUGCUCUGACUGUGGCAAGAGCUUCACCCGCAGACACACUCUCACUUCCCACCACUGUACCCACACUGGCGACCAAGCCAUGCUGCAGGGCAAGCACAAAUAGUCCCAGCCCGGGUCUGUGGGAGUUAUUGCACCCUCACCCUGAGAAGGCCUUUCCAGCAGAUUGAACCAAAAUCUCCUCUUUUCCAGAUGCAUUUCUCAGAGGCUGGGGGCUCCAGCAGGAACCAACACCUCCUGCCCUGUUGAGCACCAAUCAGUGCUGCUGAGAAUCAUGGCAGUGCUGAGUCAGCACAGCCAGAGCUGCUGUUGGAGCUGGGCUGAGCUGUGCAGGGAUUUGUCUGGUUCUUUCCCCCUAUGCUUUGUGUGUCCCUGGGGUAAAGCCCCUCCUGCCCCGUGCCCAGGUGUGUCAAUAAAAGCCCACAGUGACCCAAA